AACACCGAGGGAAAAGCGCAGUCCGUAGUCCGUCCAGGAAAAAGGAAAACAAGUCACCAGCAAAAUGGCAAGACUGAGAGUGACAGCCAGCUUUAAAACACAUUUAUGACACUCUGUUCACUCAGUAUGCGUAUAUUGACUAAGCGCAGUAUUUUUAAAUGGUUUAAAGAAGUCUGCAGCCAUGGGUGACGUGAAGACCCCAGACUUUGACGACCUCCUGGCAGCCUUUGACAUCCCAGAUGCCACCGGUUUGGGCGCUAAAGAGGCGAUUCAGGAGGGCAAAGGGGAGCUGGACAGCCAACUGAAGCCCAUAGGGACCUGUUUAGAAGAAAGCUACCAUCCAACCAUCUCUACAGAUAUACUGGCUGUGAGUGAGAUUGUGAAAAACUCAGAUCAGCAUGAGUCACUGGAGAGUACGGCUGAAAACUGCCAAACUGGACCAGACAGUUUAUCUGAUUUGGCUAAAAGCAACACAACCAAAGCUUUUGAUUCUCUGUUGAAUGGAAAAACGUCUAAAGAACUUUGCGAUCUUGUGGCUGAUUCACCGCCCCAAGCAACACUUAACCAGCAGCUGUCAGAGUUAAGUUCUUGUACUGUGUCUGAAGUGGGAAAGCUUAAAGAGAAUGAAACGCAUCCAAAUAAACAAGAAGAGUUUUUCACCAACGGUUUAAUGGACACUAUAAAUUCUUUCAUUUCUAAAGAAGACACAAGUGAAGAGUUGGAAACAGACAAACCCAAAUUGAACGAUGAAUGUUUGGAAGAAGAUAUUAGUCACUACAAAACAUUUGACAACGCAACAGAUACAACCCCAAAUUCUCAAAAUGACGGCAAUAGCGAGACAAAUCUUCCAACUUCAGACUGUAAAUCUCAGUCUAAGCUCUCCUCCUGUCUCGAAGCUCUCGCCGCCUUGAAUGCUCCAAACGAUCCCGGUGAGUUUGCAGCUGAGUCCAUAAAGGUGAGUCCUAAACCAGCCUUUUCUCCCGGAGGUCCGUGCAGCCCUCUGGACUCGGUGAAGAGGCUGAUGAGGCCCACGGACAGUCCAGGGAGCGUGUGCAGUGACAGCAGCGGGAUGUUCUCACCGGCUGUGGCUUCACCUCCAGCUAUUCCCCGGGUUCGGAUCAAAACCAUAAAGACGUCAUCUGGACACAUCAGACGCACGGUUGCCAGCAUACUCCCGGAUUCGGAGACAGAGGACGUCCCUUCUGCUUACGAAUCGUCUCCCUGUCAAAGUAUGAUCAGUGAAGACUCUUAUAAUAUGUCUCCUUCGCAAAAUGGAAAAUCGUCUCCCAAAAUAGUGCUUAAUAAAUCAGAAACUGUAAUGAGAAAGUUAAAAUCCUCAAUGGCUGCGUUUAAGGAGCAAAAACCAAAGAAAUCCGCUGAAGCGCAAAGUUCUGCAAACCUUCCUAAAGCGAUGCACCUGGCCAAUUUGAACCUGGUCCCUCACAGCGUCGCCGCUUCUGUUGCCGCUCGCUCAUCUACCCAGCCCAGCCUUCAGACCGUCACCUCUCGAGUCUCCAGCAGCGUCCCUUUAGUCCACCAGGUCAACACCGCCUGCCCGUCCCCUCCCAACAAAGCAGUGGGGACCCUAAACAGACUAUUACACUACGCUAACCCCGUUCCUACGUACGUACCGGAUCUGAACCCGCCUCCAGAGAGCGACCUCCGGCUCCCUCCCCGUGGGUACCGCUGUCUGGAGUGCGGGGACUCGUUCGGUGUGGAGAGGAGUUUGAAGUACCACUAUAGCAGAAGGAGCGUUCACAUCGAAGUGUCCUGUACUCACUGCAGGAAGAGCUUGGUGUUUUUUAACAGGUGUGCUUUGUUGGCGCACGCUCGAGAACAUAAGAUCAACGGCAGCGUGAUGCAGUGUACGCAGCUCUACAUGAAGCCCAUCUCAGAAGAGCAGAUGUUUGUUCCCCUCAGAGCUGAGUCUCCGUCUGCACAGUCCUGUUUCUUUAAAUCCUCUUCACACAAAAACCCACCUGUUAUGCCUCUUUAUCCGGAGCACAACGGCGCCCCCCAGCGACCGGGCUGUGUGGAGUGUAACCAGCAGUGCUCGAACCUGAAAGCCCUCGCGGGACAUUACCAGAGAAUGUCUGAGGAAACAAACAAACUGAUGUGUAAGGUUUGCUCCAUGAUCCUUCCAAACAAAUGCAGCUUCAAAGCCCAUCAGCGCCUCCACACCCACACGUCCCCGUUCUGCUGCCCAGAGUGUGGAACCCUAUGCGGAUCUGCAGACCUCCAGAGCCACGUCAAAGAGAACUGUCUGCACUAUGCCCGCAAAGCAUGGUACAAAUGCCUUCACUGUGACGUGGUGUUUAAGUCUCUGCAAGGACAGAAGUCGCACAUCGAUGAGAAACACUGUGAGAUGUUCUUCAAGUGCUCCGUUUGUCCAGUGGCCUUCAAAACGUCUGACCGCUGUGAAACUCAUUUGAAAAACAAACACAGCGACAGUAACUCGCCCCCUCAGUUAAUCUUUAAGUGCUCGUGUGAAACAAUUUUCAAGAAGAAGGAGCUGCUCUAUCAACAUUUCCACGAAGACGCAGACAAACGAGUCCAGUGUGUGUACAAGUGUCCCAAAUGUAACGCCGUCUUCGCUUUGAAACAGCAGCUCAUGCAACACUUCAGGAAUACUCAUAUAGGUCCAGUAGAAAAAAACGGAGGGCACAUUCGCGAACAACACGAGGAUCACAACAGAAACGUCUCGGCGAAACCUUCAGACCAGAGCAGAGCUGGGACCAAAGCCAAGCGAGUGAAGCGGUACCCGUGCCGACGCUGUGACCAGUCCUUCUCCUUCAGCACCAGUUUAAAAAAACACAUUCGCAAAGAACAUGACGAGAAACUAAAAUCAUACGUUUGUUGGUUUUGCACCGAAACAUCGACAGCGUUCACCUCGAGUGCGGCGCUGAGGAACCACAUGAGCCUGAUGCACGGCGUCAAAAACACAGACUUUGAUAAAAUGCCAAAAAAUUUAGUUCAGGAAAGCAACAGGUCCUUAAGAAAGGGUGGCUCAGUUGUUCUGGGGGUAAAUGUUGGUAAAGAUGAUCAGCCUGAAGAGGGCGCUCCGGCACAGAAGAGGCUGAAGAUGAGUUUCCGCUGUGCAAAGUGUGGCUUUAUCACCUCAGACGGUCAGACGUUUGAAGAGCAUAUACCUCAACACAAGCUUCAGGAGAGCACGCCCCAGUGUCCCCUCUGCGGCCUGUGCUUCACCUCAGCCCUCGCCCUGAACAGACACAGAUACAUUGUCCACAAAGUCAGAGAAGAGGAGAAGCACGUCCAAUAACAGAGCAGAGAAUAGAGACAGCCGUCCAAUCACAGAGCAGACGGGCAGAGACAACUGUCCAAUCACAGAGCAGAGAAUAGAGACAACUGUCCAAUCACAGAGCAGAGGGCAGAGACAGAUGUCCAAUCACAGAGCAGAGAAUAGAGGAGACGUCCAAUCACAGAGCAGAGGGCAGAGACACCUGUCCAAUCACAGAGCAGAAAAUAGAGACAACUGUCCAAUCACAGAGCGGAGGGCAGAGACAACUGUCCAAUCACAGAGCAGAAAAUAGAGACAACUGUCCAAUCAUAGAGCGGAGGGCAGAGACACCUGUCCAAUCACAGAGCAGAAAAUAGAGACAACUGUCCAAUCACAGAGCGGAGGGCAGAGACAACUGUCCAAUCACAGAGCAGAGGACAGAAACAGAUGUCCAAUCACAGAGAAGACGGCAGAAACAGAUGUCCAAUCACAGAACAGAGAAAAGAGACAGCCGUCCAAUCACAGAGCAGAGGACAGAGGAGACGCCCAAUCACAGAGCAGAGGGCAGAAACAGAUGUCCAAUCACAGAGCAGAGAAUAGAGGAGACGUCCAAUCACAAAGCAGACGGGCAGAAACAGAUGUCCAAUCACAGAGCAGAGGACAGCAACAGAUGUCCAAUCACAGAGCAGACGGCAGAAACAGAUGUCCAAUCACAGAGGGCAGAGACAGCCGUCCAAUCACAGAGCAGAGAAUAGAGACAGCCGUCCAAUCACAGAGCAGAUGUCAAGAGCAGCUAAAGACAGAUCUGAGGGUGCAGAGGAGGAGGAGGUAAAUGGAGGUGACUAUCAGACUAUAUGAUGAUUUCCUUGUGUGUUGGUUUUACAGUGUAGUCCAGGGUGUUUAUUACACAGGUAUUACAUGUGUAGAUCACAGUGUUUACUUACAAUAGCAAUAAUAAUGAACAUGAUGUUACAUGUUCUGUCCUCAGGAGGUUUCUCUGGGAGAGUUAACUUUAACGCAGGGAUCAUAAUUUUUCACAACAGCAGCUGAAUCUGCACAUUAGUCAUUAUCAUUAGUCGUUAUCUGUCGUACAUUCCAUUAUCAGUGUGAUUCAUGUCUUUCAUAUGCAGAACAAUCACACAAACAACAGUUCUAAUCAUCUUUAUAAUGAUAAUAUAAUGCUAUGAUUUUGGAGCUUCAGGAUCACUCAUGCUUGUGCUGAUCAUCCUUUUAUUUUUCCAUUUCUUCUUCAAAUUGUUUUUCAGAGUUAAUACAAAGGUAAUGGUGCAACACUAAUUUACCUAAUAUUUUCUCAAAUGCACUUGGGGAGCAGGGUUCUUCUGCCCUGGUCUGAGGGCGUGAGUCAUGGGCACUUUGGCACUGACUUUGACGAGUUACAGAUGCCACAAAGGGUCCUUUUGCUUUAGAGUAAAACCCGCUUUCUGGAGCCCCCGCGGUCUGUCCAUGGGGCCCCUGUGGUCCGUCCGUGGGGCUGGAGCCCUUGUGUGGUCUGUCCGCGGGGCUCCAGUCCCUGCGUUCCGUCCGUGGGGCUGGAUGUGGGUUUUUCUUAAGUAAUUGAAGGAAUGAUUUGUGUUCCUCAGCUCCUACCUCUGACACGCGAUUGUUCACAGUUGAAGGGCUUUGAGACGUUGCAGAUAAUGUGUAAUAUCCCAUAUUAUUAAAUUUUAUAAAUUGUUUGGGAAUAAAAUCACUGUUGUGUGGUCAUAUUGACCUCAUAGGCAGAUGCAUGCUUUUUCUGUGCAUUAAUAAACAGUGAUCAUACACCUUUUGAUUCUAUGAAACAUAAUUUAAUGUGAAUAAAAAUAUACCAGCAAAUGCUUAUGUAUUCAUUCUGAAAGCCAUUAUUCAGCAUGUGGGCUUGUGCCUUAAAGUAAUUUAAAUAAAACAUUAUUUCAUA